GGACUUGGAGGUGGAGGAGGAGGGUUCGGUCCGGCUCGGCUCAAGCAGUGAUUGGUGGGUUUGUUCCGCGGCAAGAUGGCUGCGUUGGCGCCGCAGUCAAUAGCGGCAUCCUGGUGGAAUGACGCAAGCCACACAGCUCGCCUCAGUCCUCCGAGGCUCCAAUCUCCAUAGCGCAGAUUCCCACCGAGCAGCCAGGAAGACGGACCGGCUUACUAGCCUCUCAAACGAACCGAACGGAACCGGCGCCUCUUCUGAGUGAGAGUGCGAUGAGGAGAGCUUUUCCGGUGUGAGGCCAUGGGCUGCACCUCGGCCAAGCAGGUGUCGGCCGUGCCUAACGAUGAGGAGGGACGUGGCAAGGCCUACAGCAAUGGAGACCUCUUUGCCGAUGAAUACAAGAUGAAGGGAGUGGAGGAGGUCAAGUACAUGAGAGGAGAGGAAAACCGGGUGAACGCACGCAACCAGGAGAACCUGGAAAAAAGUAACAUGCAGCACAAGGGCAAGCAGCAGAAUGAAAUGACUACGGCAAACAUUAAAUCAAAUAUUCACUCGUCAGAGAGCCAACAGGAAUUCUUCAGGAUGCUGGAUGAGAAGAUUGAGAAGGGGAGAGACUACUGCUCGGAAGAGGAGGACGGAACAUAGCACAGCGGUACCCCCUUGGAAAUGACUAAGACCCUCACAAAGUGUGUGUGAGUGUGUGAGUGUGAGAGUUGAAUCAGUGUUUUAGCAGUGGGGUUGUGCAUGUGCAGGGAGUUUCCGAUCAUCAUAUGGCAAAGAUAGUAUUUUAACAAGAGUAUACAUGAGAGAAUGGGACAAAAGGACACUUUUUUCAGAGACUGUAGCCCAGGACCCUUCAUGUGUUCCUAUCAACUAAUUGUCGUCAAGCAACUCCAAAUAUUGCCACCCACUGAGGACAGACUGAGGACUGAGGGGUUAUGUGAUGCCAUAUUGGACUCUUUUGGGGAGCAGGGCCGGAGAAGUGGACAAGGAAGAGGGAACAUUUUGUGAUAUUUUAAUACGAGUCGGGAGCUCUUCUGCCUUCUAAGAUCGACUACCUUUUUAUUUUUUUAUCCCAGCCACUUGUUUUUCUCCAUUUUUUUGUUUUUUUUAGCAAAUGUGAUUUUGUUCCUCCUCAUCAGCAUCAUUCAGAGUGUCUCAGCCCUCCACACACAUCGUUUUUCAUUUCACCAGCAGACUUUCAUUCUGUCAACUUCUCUUUUUUUUUUAUUGUUAUUUUAGUGACUAGACACACACACACACGCACACACACAUACUCGGGCACUGUAGCAGCAAACGGGGCUGAGAGCUCAAGCGGGUUGGAGGAUGCUGGGGGGGUUGCCGUGGAGACGAAGACCUGAUCACAAUUUUUUUGACAUGUUUACUGGAGACUUCCUAUUGUAUUAUUUGGAUACUUUUUUUCUAUUAAAAUAAAAACAGCAAAGCUCUUA